AUGAACUCCAGUUGCACCAACUGCAGCAGGGUGGAUGAUUUGGCCUUCACAAACAUCUACUCACUGCUCUUUGUGGUAGGUCUCCCCUUAAACAUCGCUGCUCUGUGGAUCUUCUUCUUCAGAGGGACCCUACGGUCCAUCACCAUCAUCUACAUGAAGAACCUGGCAGCCUCUGACCUGUUGCUGUUGGCGUCAUUGCCAUUGAGGGUGUAUUAUUACAGCAAGAGGCCUCCACUCUCCCAGAUGGUUUGCGAAAUUGCGGGGCUGCUACUCCUGGUCAACAUGUACAGCAGCAUCUUCCUGUUGACCUGCAUCAGCUGGGACCGCUGCAUGGCUGUGUGCUUUCCAUUCCACCCCCAGGCCCAAGCCUUACGCCGACGAGCCAAGUACAUCUGUGCAGGCGUGUGGCUCCUGAGCAUCCUGGGCACCAUUCCCUCCUACUUUGCACACAAGGAGAAAAAUAACACACUCUGCUUUGACAGCCGGCCUCAAUAUGUCAUGGAUCCCUGCAUCUCCGGUGCUAUGGUGCUUAGCUUUGCCAUUCCCUUGGUCAUCAUGGUGACUUGCUCUUGCAGCCUGCUGCGGGUUGUGCACCAGAGCACAGUUGUCCAGAUGGAGCUGGUCAACGGCACCAAGAUCCAGCACAUGGUGGUGACCAAUGUGGCCAUCUUCCUGGUCUGCUUCUUGCCAUACCACUUGGUGGUGCUGUGCUACCAAAUGCCAGCGCUGGAUAAGGACCACUGGGAUGUGGUGUACCGCUAUGCCCUGCUCCUGGCCUGUGCCAAUGCCACUCUGGAUCCUUUGGCAUAUUACUUUGCUACAGAGACCUUCCAGCACUUGGUGACGAUGGACCACCUCUUUCAGGGCUGGGGCAUCCACACCAACUAUGCUGGGGGGACAGAGCAGCUCUCCCAGCCUCUGGAGACACAGCAUCUACCUGCCUCACCCACUCCUGUCUUUGAGGCCCUAUCGUGCAUCAAGGCACCAGACUUACAAGAGGCAUCAGCAAAUGGGCAAGGCCAAUUAUAA